AUGAAGAGCUACAGGAAACACUCCGCGUCGUUCUACGUGCUGGACGCUGCUGCACACGGCGGGGACUUCCCCGCGCUGUGGAGGGACCUGCAGUUCUCCCCCACGGAGGACAUCGUCAUAGUGAGCCUAAAGAAUGACUCGAGGAGGGGCAACCACCUCAGGAAUGCCAUCAAGGCAAAGUUAGAACAACGCGCAGGUCGAAGGGGUGAGCACAUACCGUGUGGUGUGCAAGACCAGUACGAGCUGGUGGAUCCCAACUUCCAAUUUGAGGGAAACUCAUUUAUCCUUAUGGUUAGGGGGGAGCUGCGUAGCGACAUCGGGCAGGUGCACUGCAAAAGUGUUCAGUUGCGCUUGAGGAGACGUUAUGGGAAGAGGUACAGCAGGGUGAUGCGGCACUGCUUCGACCACUUCAUGAGGUGCACGCGGCCUCUUGGGGGGGGCACCCCUGGGCAGGCGGGGCAGCUGCCAGCAAAGCGGAUGAUACAGCGGCGCGGAGCGAGCCAGGCGAGGGCCCGCCCCCCACGCAGACACCCCCGGUGCCGCAGCGAAGGGGCGAGUGGGUGUGCCAAGGUCCAAGCGGAGGGAGGCACAGAGGGGAGGGGGAGAAGGCACGACGAGAACGUGGUGACCUGCGUCACGUUUACGUUCAAAGGAGUCUCUCUCUGCGUUUGUCUCGCCAAUUUCGAUUUGGACAGGCACGUGGAGCGGGCCGAGUACUACAGGUGUUUGCUCGGCGGGGGGGAGGGGCGCGGGAGUGACAAGAGCAAACACAGACGUGAUGGUAAUGUGCACCUAACUACCUCGACGCAACGCGACUGCCGCCCAGCCGCCACUGGAAGCAACUACGCCGAGGCCUUCCUGCAGAACUACCGCCUGUGCUGCAUGCAGAUGUAUAACCACUUCGCGAACAACAUAGCCUUCGAGACGGACAAGGAGGACCUGCACAUGCUCAGCAUGGACGUCGUAGUCCUGCAGGGUUUCGACCAGUCGGUUCUUUUUAACCACUCAGGGGAGGGCAACCUACAGAAUGACUCCCUCAUUUGGGGAAACAAUGUUACCAUUUUAAAUAAGAGCGAAAAAAACGUGUUGAAGAAAAGGUCCUAUUUUACCUUAACAUGUUCAGGCAAAAAUGACGAAUUGGUUUCCUUUGGCUUUAAAAUUUGCUGCGAGUUGUUUUCCCAAGUGGAGGUUAGCAUUGUUGGUGAUUUCUUUUUGCCGCACGGGGGGGAGGCCAAGUGGGGGGCAGAAAAUGCACACAUCGGGGUGAAGCCGGAGGUGCUGGAGUUGGGCUGCGUCUACACGUACCAGGUGUGUCAGGCGAGCUUCCUUUUGGAGUAUGCGAACCCAGGGGGGGGUGGCGGCGAGGUUUGCGAGAGGGGGGGGCCCUUCAAAGGGUUAGGGGAUGGACAGCCGCAUGAAGGGAGACACUUCAAAUGGUCAGCGGGUGUACCUCCAGAUGAAGGGAGACACUUCAACUGGUCAGCGGGUGUACCUCAAGAUGAAUUGAAACACCUCAAAUGGUCAGCGGAUGCACCUCCAGCCGCGCGGGGGGAGCUCUCCUUCUCGAUCCUGUGCUUCGACCCGAAGAGCCAGACGACCAUCCCAAUCCACCUCUACUCCUUCCUGCACCUGAAGAAGAACUCCAUUUUCAAGCACCUAGAGGAGAACGUCCGUUUUGGGAGAAGCCAGGCGAGCGGAAAGAGAAAGGAAUGCCGCCCAGCACCUGCUGAGCAAGAGAACCACGUCGACAUGGUGAGGCACAUCUACGUGCAUCCGCACAAAGGGGUCGUCAGGCCAAAUGAAAAAAAGAAAAUUCACCUGAACGUUUAUGUGGACCACAUGCUAAAAGGAGAUGGCAUUGUAAAGGGCUGCUUCAUUUUAAUAAUUAGAAUUCACAAGUGUGGGAGGGAUGUUAAGCAGAUCUUCUUUACGUGUAGGUACUCCCUGGGAGAGAACCUCGUCGGUGCUCUCCUUCGGGAUGAGCACCCCUGGGGGGGGGCACGCUGCGGUAAGCGCCCCCCAGUGGAGAGGCGGAGGAGUGGGCCCAGGACAACCGCCAGGGUGAAAACCAACAUAAGCCUGCACAGAAGGAGUAGCCGAAACGGCUUGCAGAAUUGCAAAAUGAGGGAGCAGUUGGGGGGAGCAAAGGGGAGACCCUACCUCCCAGUGAACAUCACCAAGUUUGUUCUAUUUUGCUUCUUCGCAAUUGACCAGUAUGAAAGGGAAUUACUCAACAGGGUGGGGACUCUCCCAGAGGGGGUCUCCUCGCAGGAAGCGGAUCAACCGUUGUACCCACUGGGGCUGUCUAACCUACGCACGGACCACCUGGUGUACUGCUUCAGCCCCACCUCUUCCUCCCUCCAAGGAGUAGACUCAAAUGGAAUUCAACCCCAUUUUAAUUAUAGCUGGAGGAAGCAUUACUUCUGUGCGCAGUACCCACAGCAGAAAUAUGUGAAUGAAAAAAUUUUCGCCCAAAAUGGUAGCAGGCAGAGGGAUGUACCGCUGGAGGUCCACUACUUAGUGGGGCAACUACAAAGCAACGGCAAAGUGGAGAGACCCAUCUGUGUGGCCGCCAUCCUGUUGCUGUGGGAGGAACUCUUCAGAGUGUUAACCCCUCCAUUCGGCACCUUUGCAAGGGUCACCCAGAUGGUCAGGCGCAUUUACGCCAAUUCCAAAUUACGGCACAACAGGAAGAUGCAUUUCAUAUUUCGAGCCAUUCUGGGGAGCUCCCCGUCUGUGUUGCACAAAAAUGUUUUUUUGGUUCUUCUCUCCUUUUUGAAGAAGCUUUUUUGUUACUUCGCCUGUGUGUGCUUGCGCGGUUUGGGGGUCUCCCGUGGCGAGGUGGGCGGUGGUCCUUUCAGCGAGAUGAGCGGUGUUUCCCUUGGCGAGAUAGGCGGUGACCCCCUUCGAAAGAUGAACGGUGGUCCUUUUGGCGCUCCAGCCCAGGCGGGGCCGCCCCCCUUCCCGCUCUUCCUGCGCGCCUUCCACUUCCUUCACCUCUCCUUCCUCAGCUACGUGAGCACCUUCUUCCUGAGCUUCCUCGACCACCAAAUCGGCCUCGACUUGGCUCACUACCUGCUCUUCCACGUGUAG